AUGACGCGACGAAAGAAAGCCGGCCCGAAGCAGCCGAAUCCCAAGCAACCUGCCUCCAAGCAACCUGUUCCUAUCCAACCUGUUCCCAAACAAUCUACUCCCAAGCAAGCUGAUCCCAAACAAACUACUCCCAAGCAAGCUGUUCCCAAACAACCUACUCCCAAGCAAGCUGUUCCCAAGCUACCUACUCCCAAGUUACCUACUCCCAAGCUACCUCCUCCCAAGUUACCUACUCCCAAGCUACCUCCUCCCAAGCUACCUGCUUCUAAGCAACCUGCUUCUAAGCAACCUGCUUCUAAGCAACCUGUCCCCAAGAAACCUGUCCCCAAGCAACCUGUCCCCAAGCAACCUGUCCCCAAGCAACCUGCUCUCAGUGAUCCCAAACAACCUGCCCCCAAACAACCUGCCCCCAAACAACCUGCUCCCAACCAGCCGGCUUCUAAACGACAGGCUCCAGGACUAACGUCUAAAACCCUGCCUCAAACGAAACCCGAUACCAGCAGGGUCCAGACUUUCGAUCCGCUGGACUACAUGACUGCAGAAGAGUUGCUCGCCAUCGACACGCAACUUGCUCUGGCGCUGCAGGGAGUGGACGUCGUGCUGUUCUGGACUGGUGUACGCUGGGCGUAUGUGCAGAAAUGGGCCAGGAUAUUGAAACUGAAGACUUUAACAGAUGCCAUGGGGCCGCUUAUGGAUGCAGCAAAUCCCAAUAGCCCCAAGGCACUAAUGAAGAAAAAGGCAUAUUCCAAGUAUGUGAAGGGUGCAUCCGGUCGACUUGCACAGUACGCGUGCCAGCAUUGCCGAGUCGUUGUCCUGACCAACCCUCCGCCCGACAUUUACAGUAGAAGAGAGAACAACACGUACCAGCAUCUUGAAGAGCCGAUUCUCAAAGGCCUUCGCGGUGGUUGUCCCGUUCGUAGAAUAGAUUAUCUCCAUCCAACGGUCGAUGGUGCAGCGCAUAUCACUUAUCAAACUUGGCCAGAGAACAAAACCCAAGACUGGGCUGCAAAAUUCGGGAAAAGGUUGGUCAAGAGUUGGAAAAAGCUCAACUGGAGCUACAAGAGUCUCGUAACUACAUCUGAGCUCGACUUGAAGCCUCUACGGACGCAGGUACUGCCCAUUGUUUCGGCCUCGCACGUCCAGCCAGCACAACCCUCCGAUCGGCAAGACCAGGAGACUGUAAACCAUUUCUCUAACUCCCAAAAGCAUACCGGAGCUGAAGAUGAGGAUAUAACGCCACUUCAACAAGACAUUGACCUCAUCGAGGAGGACCGUCCUUAUGAGGGGCUUGACAGUCGAGGUCAUGAAAGUCAAGGUCGACUCCCCGAAUCAAGGAGUGACAGCCGCCUCGUCGGCACGCAAGCCCAGAGCCGAGAGGAACAAGAGAUUGAGUCUCAUGGAGGGCUGUUCAAGGAAGUCAACUGCUCGCCAGCGCCUGUCCAUAUGAUCAAAAGAUGUAGAACGCCGAAUCCACCGGUUACGGUGCCGGUAAUUAACAUCGACAAUAUCAUGAUUGGAGCAGAAGUCACUGUCGAUAUCAAUGAGAAGAGACUGAAUAGGGACUUUUUGUACCUGACGAUGAAAGGAGUCUCCGGCCUCCAAGAUUGGUGGAAGUUGAGAUGGAUUGACCACGGUUGA